CGAGCCAAAUCAAAAAGAUACCGAACAGCGUCAAGAAUAGACGUGGUUUUCUCGAUUUUCUACGCUGCAGCGUUUUUCUAUGCCGUUCAUCUUCGAAAGCUGAGAAAAGAGUGAAGAAGCGUGCGCGUGUGAAAAAAGUUCCGAAAAAGAAGUUUUAGUUUCUGAAAUUUAAAAUCAGUGGUUUUUUAAGAUCGAUUCAAUUCCGCUCUAAGGAUUCGAAGUCGUAAUAAAUUGCUUCUACUAUCGCAAUAUCUUCAAAGACUCCGCCAUUUUUAAAUUCAUUGUUUUGUACCGCAAGCGCGACUUGUUGACCAGUGGGCUUUAGCCGACAGGAACGACGUUCUUCGUUCCGAAUUUAAAAAUCCUUUCAAACAUGAUGAGUUCCAUCAGUAAGAUCCAUUUCAACAGUUCGACAGGCGUGUCGUUGAACGACCGGUUCACAGUCAUUUCCAAGCUGAGUCCCUUGGACAAAGCGGCCGGGCUUGGACGGGAGCGAAACGGCGUUGGCGGCGGCGGUGGUGGUGGUAUUUUGAGAAAGCGGUCCAAUUCGGUUGAUUCCUACGCUUCACGUGGUUCGUACGCCAAUCGCCAGCUUGUCAAUCAGUUGGACCGGCGUCACGUCGGACAUCCACAGAACUCAUCCCUACGGCUGAGAAAUAAAUCGAUCCGAUCCGGUCGACAGAGACUGAACCGGACAAGUUUGGCAUCGCGUUCACAACUGAGGCGGGCGGCGGGUAACACACUGUCCCUGGCGGGAGGCUCUCGACGGUUGCAGCGAUCGAACAGUUUCUCAGACAUUGCUACAAUGAACGCCGACUUUUUCGAGCGUCAAUCACUGCGUCGCUCCAACUCGCAGCUGAGCAUUGCUUCCCGCCUCGGGACUGCAGGACGCUCUCGUGGCGCCCCUCGUCGAUCGUUGCAACGUACUAACUCAUCCACAAAUCUCGCCGGUCGACCACAAUCCCGUGGGCGGUCUCGUUCUCGGUCCCGUUCCCGUACCCGUCUGCCACGCUCUCAAUCUCGGGGUAAUCUCGCCCGCACCAGAUCUCGCAGUGCCGGCCUCAAUGGCACUGGCAAUAAUUACAAUAUCGAGAGUCGCCUCGGCCGAGCCGGAGGAGGCCGCAUUCGAGGCCGCUCUAACGUCAGACGCGGCGGUCGCGGACGAGGUUCAGCUACGCUGGGUCGAUCCGCCUCACGGACGAACCUCCGCUCUGGAAGCGUGAAUGGUCGUCUCGGUGCUAACCGAAACAAUCGACCGAUGGGAACCCGCGGUGGACGCGGACGUGUUGCCAAACGUGGCCAACGGCGAGGAGCAGGUGGAUACGGCCAGAACGGAGCUGGCGCCGGUAGACCUGGACGUACCCUGCAGAGACGUGGAGGAGCAACACAACAAGCGGGCACAUCGCGUCGUGGCCGAUCACGCUCCCGCGGUAGGGCGGUAUCGCAGAACCGCGGCCGAAGCGCACAGCGUGGUCGCAAUGCAUCCAAGGGACGACGGGCAUCGGCACCGUCCAUGAGCAAGGAGCAACUGGACACCGAACUGGAUCAGUAUAUGGCAAACACAAAAUCGUCGCUGGACAGAGAAAUGGACGAGUACAUGAAUGGGUUAAAUAGUACCGCUUAGGAUUCAACAUCGAGUGGCAUGGGAGAUAGAAGGUUUGCGGUCAGAAGCAGUGAACCGCUUUGACGGUUAGAAUCUAACCAACAAAAACUUGUAUAUCGUUAUUAAAGAAAAGUAUGAUAAGAUUCUAAACAUAAAAGAUGAAACUCGUAGGCAUUAAGGAUUUUUCUCCGUUCACACGAGAGAGAAAAAAAAACAUUUAAACUGAAUUUUUGUAAGGAGCACUUUUGAUUAUUUAUCUAAUAGAAGAUAUCGACUGUACAUAACAUAAAAUACAAACACGCAACAAAGACGUGUAGUAGACCCGAGGCAAAGAAUGCGAAAGGAAUAAAAUUUGUUUUCAUAUGACUGAAUUAAA